ACUCGUGGUUCUACGUUGACGUUGCCUGCCCUUCUUCCUAAUUAUUUUCUCGGGUCUUGUGUGAACUUACUGGUUAUCCUUGACCAUGGCGUGCUUCUCGGCUAUUAUUGGCCCAGGAGACUUGGCCGUACACUAUAUCCCAGUGUGGUCUCAUCGAGAAUGCAUAUUGGUUUCUUAGCAUUUUGAUAGUUUUACUGGACGCAAAAUAUCAUGCUGCUAAUUGCCGAGACGUUCAUUGAUUGUGGAGACGAGAAGUCCCGCUGUCCCAACGUACUCGCGUGAGAUAUAUAUACCACCAAAGUAAAGAUUACCGUCCUUUCCCACCUCGCCAUGAGUACAAGCUCUACUCAUUCAGAAGCCAACGGUUCAGUCCUCUUGAGUCCAUCCCUGUCGUUCAGCAGCUCCAAGGUUUUCGAUGUCAAUAGACUCUUUCCCGAGGAAAAGCCUGGAUGGAGGGGAUAUGUCGAGUGGGAGAAGUACCCCAACCGCAAAGCCGUCGCGUCGCACAUACUCGAAGCUCACCAGUCCGAAUUCACGCAGAUUCCAGAAUUUCAGUUUGUCCCCCUUCCUAAAACCAAUCCCAUCUUGAUCGGAUACCGCUGGAAGGAGUAUCAUGAACUCUUGGGUUUGAAGAACAUCGUGGACUUUAGCUGGGAGACCGUGCUCAAGGAGAAGCCUGACAUUAUCCACUUGUUGGAUUUUCCGUACAAUGGAGAGACGCGACGCGAUCAGCUGCUUUCUGGAAAGAUUACCGAUAACAAGUGGCAUUUUAUUCGAAACCAUGGAGGCAUUCCGGAUAUUGAUGAAGACGCGUUCGAGCUGGAGAUUGGUGGGUUCGUCAACAACCCCGUCAAACUGAGCAUGAAGGAUAUCAAGGAUCCAUCCAAAUUUCCACAGACCGAAGUGAUCGUAACAUUGCAAUGCAGUGGAACGCGCCGAAUCGAACAGAUUAAUCAGUAUCCGGGAGAUGGAGACGAGCUCAUUAACGCACCAUGGGGUGAGGGCGCCAUCGGGACUGCUGUAUAUCGUGGCGUACCAUUGAAGAAAAUCUUGAAAAAGGCCUGCGGUGGUGUCCUACCCGAGUGUCAACAUCUCGAAUUCAUCGGCGCCGAUACGUAUUUCAAGAAGAAUAACGUGUUCAACUACGCUGUCUCAGUUCCGUGGAAAAAGGUCCGGCAGAAUGAAGAAGUACUCUUAGCUUGGGAGAUGAACGGCGAGCCGCUACCCAAGUCUCAUGGUUUCCCCCUUCGCCUUGUCGUCACAGGUUAUAUUGGCGCUCGGAGUUGCAAGUGGGUGUACAAGAUCAAUGCUCUCGCCGAACCUAGCAUGGGCCCCGUCCAAAGGCAAGAGUAUCUAUACUACACUGCGCAAAUUGGAAAACAGAACGCGAAAUACUCGAAUGGAUUCUCUAUCCAGCAGAUGCCUGUGUCAAGCGCUAUUAUCACCCCGCAAGACAAAGAAGUCAUUGUUCAUGACGGCUCGAUAACUUUACGAGGCUGGGCUUAUAGUGGAGGAGGGAACUGGGUGGAAAGGGUCGAGGUCUCUCCUGAUGGCGGAAGCGUAUGGUACGCCGUCGACCCAGAUGACAUGACCGAGAAGCACUACCACGCCUGGCGAUUGUGGAAGAUUGAUAUCCCUGUCGAAGCUGAGGGGUGGUUGGAGUUCUGUGUCAGGGCUUGGGACUCUUCCAAUAACACGGAGCCGACCUUUGUUCGCUCCGCAUGGAAUUGGGAUCUCCAUGUUACGUCUUCGUGCCAUCGCAUCAAGCUGUAUAGCGUUAAUAAGAAGCGCCUGGCUACGAUGAAGAGAAUAAAGGAGCUUGAAGCUAGAGGCGAAGGCAUUGUUCCGCUGUCUAAGCCUGUUGAGUUUGCGCUGGAAGAUGAAGGGGAGUAUCUUGCAGCUUGUAGGAAGUACCCCCGGGAGCCUUUGAGCUGAAGAGCUAAAAUUCCAACGUUGGGCACCAGUCAUCUACAAUUCAAGGUGUACUCUAUAUACUUGAAAAAUGAAAACCUUAUUUCCAGGCCUAUGCAACUCAGUGACCGGCCAGUACUGAAA